GCUCUGAUUGGUCCAUGCUUCGUGCACUCGUGAGCAUUUUGUUUGAGUGUCUUACAGUUGGGCAGUGGCGCUUCUCAGCGGAGACGGUUUUAUUUUAGCUUUGUUUUUAAUGAAAACGGUGCCUAUUUUAUAUCUAUAAAUCAUUUUACGUAUAACAGAGUUGCCUGUUUCCUUGGACGACACUCUUUGUUCUUCUACCGACCCAAAACAACCUGAAUCAGAUGGGAACCGAGGAGAGAGAUUGGGUGGAUGUGGCCAAUGAUCUCAUCUGCAAGUGUAACGUUAACCUGAGGGUACAGAAGCUUACAGAGUGCGAUGCCAGUGUGUUCGUGGCCUUAUACGAAGCUAUCUUAGGCGAAAAAGUACCAGAUUACAUCGUAGUACCGAAGAGCCAAGAAGAUGAUAUUCACAACGUACAGUCUGUGAUUGACUCACUGGCCUUGGAUUAUCUCCAGAUCAGUUUAUCUCACAUCACAGGUGAGAACAUUGUGAAGGGAGAUAAGGAUUCCAUCCGUAACCUUCUGGAGAUCUUUGACGGGCUGCUGGAGUAUCUCACAGAACAGCUCAGUGAAGAAGAAGAGCUGCCGAAUGGAGAGCUUAAUGGUACGGUGCCCCCUGCAGAAACACAGGCGCAGGAUAAAGAGGAGAAACUAUCUCAGAUAUCAAGCACACAUUCUGAUAUCCAGUCCAGUAAAUUCUCCCUCCAUUCCUGGAACGGAGAUGAAUCGGAGUCGACAGCUGAGCUGAUCCGGUUGGGCGAUUCAGCUCGUACAUUCACCACAAAGCAAGAAGUCAUUUCUACUGAGAAAGCUCUCAGUGACCCCGAACAACCCACAGCUCAACCUUCUCAGCAGCUUGAGUCCUUUCACUCAGCCAUUCCUCUGCAGCCUCCCCACCAGACCACUCCACAUCGAGCAGGGAAAACACCUCAUGCUUCCUCAUCAUUGCCUCACACAGAGAAUAAUAAGGGAGAUGCAGAGUGGACAAAUAAACAGAAUGGUCAUUCCCCAAAGUGUAAUGGUAUUCAGACCAAUGGGAUUCACACUUCUGCAGUUUGUUUGUCUCUAGCAGAAAGCGAGAGGUCUGAACAGAGUAUAAAAGAAACACAGCCUGAGGCUCCCAAAGCACAAGUGGAGGCAGGUAGGGAGGGAGCACGGCGUGUCCUGUUCCAAACUCAGCCGGACGUGCUACUCAUGUCCCUUCCACGUGAACAGGACCAGAGAGAGCAUACUCGCACACAAGGCCGAGUGGAAGAGAGGCAGAGCGAUGAAGAGCAGCUUUACAGUUCUGGCUCAUCCUCUGGAAGACGGAGAAGCUACAGGAGCAGGAGGCUGAUGGAGGAAAACGAAGACCCGUUAUCCAGACGCAGUCAGAAAAACAGACAAACGGAGCAGGAGCUGCAUGAGAUGUCCGAGAAACUCGCUUGUCGUCUCGAGGAGCUCGAUCUUAUGCUGAAGAGGGCUUUGGGGGAGACGGGGGACAAGUCAAAGCCCGCAGAGGAGGACAAACAUUCCCACCACAGUGACAGUGUCAUGGAGUGCAGACGUGUCCCCAGACCCACAGACAAGACCAGCGUGAACAGACCUCCUCGCACACGCUCCCUUUCCCCAUCACCUCCUCCAGUGUGUCGUUCAAGUCAGAGCAUGCCAGAGGGCACUCCGCUUACACACACACGGAAACACACGGCCCGACGACGGCACGACGAGCUCGGACACAUUCAGGACCAGCAGAGAAAAAUCCAGAUGGUGGCUGAAGCUUAUGAGGCUGAGCUGAAGAACUUCGAUGAGCAGCAGAGAGUAGAUCUGGCAAUUGAAAGACUGCGAGCUCAGGAGGCUGAGCGAGAGUACAGGGAGGCUAUACGUAAAGAAGCAUCUCGCGCUUUAAAAUCCCCUAACUACAGAUCAGCAUCGACCGUCCCACACAAGUGUCUCCGCUCCAAACCUGCAGCUCCCAGCCGGCCUCGUGCCCAGACCCGCAAAACAGCCCCAUUGCGGGUGAAGGAGAACGACUUGUUGCCAACUCUCUUGGACGACUUCCCUCCUCUGCAGUUCUCGCCUCACACCCUGUCUCGCAUGUGGAAGCAGCAGCUCCGGCAGGUUGACCAGCUCGGUGUUUUGGACAACCAGCGCAAACACAGACGCAAACACACCAGUCAGAUAGAGGAAGCCCAGAAGAGACAAGACUUACUCAUGGAUAUCGUGCACAAAGAGCAAGAGCACAGUCGUCGCCUGAAGGAUUUCAGAGAGAGGAUCCAGCAGCAGAGGUCUUCGCAGAAUAAGCUGCGGGACCAGAGGCAGCAGGUGGCCCGCGCCCGCAAAUACCACAAUGAUUACCACGUGCAGCUGCGGGCCCGACUACUCAGAGCCCGUACACGAGAGGAAAGGAUGUUUCGGCAGGUGUUUGAGGAGGGCCUGGAGCUGCAGAAAGCUCGUCUGAGGGAACAGCGUUCGUACGCUAAAGAACAGCGUCAAGAGCACACACGCAAACACAGAGAAGAGAUUGAGGCCAUGGAAAACUUCUACAAGGAUCAGUUUUCCAUCCUCUCCGAAAGAGUCGCUCUGGAGCGAGAGGAGAUCCAGGUACGCAAGAAAGCCCAGGAAAAGGCUCUGCACAAAAUGAAACGAGAGCUGAGAAGCAAGAUGGAGCGAGAGAUCAGCGAGUUACAGAAGAUCAUCGUUCAGGAUGACGAGGACGACUACUUCCGGGAGCUGGAGGUGGAGCGGCUGCGCAGGCGCGUGCAAAUGGCCUCCUUCCAGCACGGCACGAGCUGCACAUACUGACUGCAGGAAAGUGAAGAGCCUGUUACAGUGAAAACUCGUCAACUAGGGACCGGUCUCAACCUUCACUCACCCUAAUGGCAGUCUGGAGGCGUUUUUCCACAUGAGCUGGAUCGUUGCACAAGGGCUUCUAAUGAGCACAUUUCUACAAAAGCCGUUUAGAGGAAUCUCGAAUCGAUCAUUUCCCUUCGAAUCAUCAUCAAAAUCGAGACAAUUUGAUGACAUAUUUCGUUCAGACAGUGCACAGGUCAUUUUAUGUAAAGUCUACCAAAAAAAUCCUUUAUGGAAAAGGAGUCAUUUUAAGAUUAAAGCUGAGGCUUGUUACUGUAAGUUACAGUGAUCGGGUUAUAAAAUGUAUUAAGGCAUUUGUGAUGUAAUUUAUUGCAAUAUUUGAUGCACAAAUUAGGGUACAUGAUGAUAUAUAUAAUCUAUUAGCUUUAGAUUUUUCAAUAUGCAAACAAUGAGAAUUAAAUAAUAAUAAAAAAAUAUAUAUAAAAAAGAAUUACUACAUUGGAGUAUAGAUAUAAAAAAGCCUUAUGUUUAAAUGCCUUAGCGGAAGCCUUCCACCCCUCCUAAUCUCAUAGGCCGGAAACUGUGAUUGCGAUUCAAGCUUGGCGUUAUCCUUCAUACUUCAUAAUACCAUUCGAAUUCUAUAGACAAUAUGAUUCACGUGGCACGUAAAUAAUUUCACUCUCGUUAUAACCACAUCAAGCUGAUAAUCUUUUACGCCACUUUUUUUUAGGCGAUCAGGCCGAACCACGCAUAGAUUUCACAACGAGAUUUUCUCUAAUUACCGACGAUGUGUCAAAGUUCCUCACGCCAAUCCUGAGAUCUGAGACACCGCCCACAACACCACACCCUGACUGUUUAAUUCUCAUUCGACAGUGUUGAAUUUUUUAUAAUGACGGUUUCUUCUUUUUGCUGGGUUUUAUUCUAAAAUUCAAACAGAUUUGAAACUAAAGUAACCGUUCAGCUGCUAUCGUUUCUUAUUGGAACCUAAAACCAGCUGGUCAUGUCCCACACAAGGGACACUUGUUCAAGUUUAGACACAGGGUUACUGUACUGUUUAAAUGCAAAACAUUGUUUUCUGUUGUAAAACUGUAAGUCGGAUCAGCUUCAUGUAGCACGUGAGACAUAUUUAUUGAUAAAACUUGGAUCUGUGUAAAAAAAAAAAAAAAAAAACAUGUAUGUGGACACUAUUACUGGAGAACGGUCCCGGAUCGGCAUGUGGAGUCCUGCGUAUGACGAGUCCUCCACCUCGAACACGCUGAACCUUUUACUUGCUGCUAACAACGAGUCUUCCUCCAUCAUUAACUGCUGAUGCAAGUCUAAAUGAACCUGUUGUUUUGUCUUUUUUUCUUUGUCGAUAGAAAGAAAAAAAAAAUUUGAUCAUGCACCUUUCCACCCUGAUGUGGACCGCUGAUUAUUACAUAGCUGUUAACGAGGAUCUGCAAAUCUUUUGAAUUAUUUUAUUUUGGAAAUUCCUGUUGCUGGAUCAGUCUUCCUAAGAGUGUGAAACCUGUCAUAAGUUAAAUAUUUAUUAAACUCAUUUUGCUCAUUGCACUUUUAUUGACAUGCUUCAGUGAAACACUGUCGAUCACUGUAUUUCCUAAAAAUGAUCGAUAACACUUGUGCGUAAUCAUAGCAGUAUCUGUAUCAUGACAUUUUGACAUAGUUGGCAUUUGCAUAUGUAAUACACACACGUAUCAUAUAUACCAUCAUUCAAAUAAGUGUAAAAAUUAAACAUAAAAAUGAGACAUAAACAGUUGAGACUAUCCUGAAUGAGUGGACAUAAUCCUACACUUAAAUGAGCUCUUGGACUCUCUCUGACAUGGAGUAAUAAAUAGACUUUUAAUGACUAGAAACUAGCUGUUUUGUAGACCUUUCUGUUGUUCAUUAAUAAACAAAACUUGUACUUGGCCAACUGCUGUGGAAUAAGAGGAAUAAAACAUAUUGAGACUUU